AUGAUCAUAGUUACAGAAUUUGCCACUACCCCCACAAACCGCAAAUUGGUAGCUGUGAACCGGCUAGAGGUUGUUGAUGUUAAGAACCCUCGUGGGCUGGCUAAAAUCUUUGGAACUGUAUUAUCUUUAAUUGGUGCUUUGAUAAUGAUUUUGUAUAAAGGACAUACGAUACAAAGCUUAAAGAGUUCCUCAUUCCAUAUUGGAGGCAAAAUGGCUCAUAGUAACUGGAUAAAAGGAUCAAUUUUGACUGUUGUAAGCUGCAUAUUAUGGUCUUUAUGGUUCAUACUGCAGCUUGAUAUUGUGACCGCAUGGAAUCAAUUUCCGAUUCUUUCGAAUAUUUUGUUUUGGGGGAACAACUUCAGUGGCAGUAUAUUGGGAGUACUCAUUGUUAUCAUGGGUCUAUACUUGCUUUUGUGGGGAAAAGAAAGUGAUCGAGAUUACAAGUCACAACGAUCUUUUCCAGCACAUACUGAGGAGAAAGAAUGUAAGACACAGAUAAAGACCUCAGUAUGA